AUGGGGUCUUCAAAUCCACUCCAGCGCCUGGUAUCUUACGCACUGCCAGGUGCAUUCAUGCUUACCAGCGUAGUAUGCCAUGUCCAGACAGCCAUCUUUCAUCCAGGGCUCCUCUUCAGCCAAUUCGCCCGCUACAAGGAAAAGGCCUUUGCCAGCCUCUGGGCCAUCGGCGGCUUGAUCUGUGCGAGAGACACGCCCGCAUCUCUCGGUCCCAUCCUUGCCCAGAGCCGCGGCGUCAUCCUGGACGUCGGUCCAGGUGCGGGACACCAGCUGUUCCGCUUUUCGAACCCGCAGGACAUCGAGGCGAUAUACGGGGCUGAGCCUGGCGUGAGCAUGCACGCAGCUCUCGGAAAGCGCGCCGAGGAAGCAGGCCUGGGCGACAAGUACCACGUCUUGGGCUGCGAAGCUCAGCUCGAGUCGCUGGUCCCAGCACUUGCGAAAGCCGGGGUUCUCAAGCCCAGCGAUACCCACGGCGGAAGCGGCAACACACCCUUUGACGAGAUUGUCUGUAUCCGCGUGCUCUGCGGGAUCCCUGAUGUCGACAAGGUGACAGAGGGGCUUUACAGCCUUCUCAAACCAGGCGGCAGGAUGGUGGUGUGCGAACACGUGGUCAAUUCCGGUGAUGCGACCAAAGGCGGCACGGCAGUGGGUCGCUCGCUCCAGAAGUUCUACAUGUGGAUUGGGUGGAGCUCCAUCAUGGGCGGCUGUGAGCUCACCAGGGACACGCUGGCGAGCCUGCACAGAGCAGCACAGCGAGAUGGCGGCUGGGACAAGGUCGAGGUGGAGCUCUGCGAUCCCUACAGCACGAUUCCGCAUAUCGUGGGGACAUUGGUGAAGCGAAGGUGA